UAUGUCGUCGGUGGUUAUAAUUUUAUGAGUAGUAACGGAAGUUUGUUCCAGGAAAUCGUCUGGAAGAUGAAAUCGAUCCUGGUGGUGUUCUACUAGAGCGAGGACGUUUUCCUUUUCUUCUGGAUUAAGAUUCUGGGGUAAUAGCAAGCAACGACGUAGAAGAAUUAGAAACGAUUUCACAACAGCUGUCUAAAGAAUUUUCCGGGCCUAAGACCAGAGGAGACAGUGAUGCUGUGGAAUUUGGACUCGAAGAACGAGCCGAUUCAGCGAUUUUGCAGCGGUUGCCUAAAGAAUUUUCCUGUCCUGGGACAAGUGGAGGCAGUGGCGCCGCGGAUAUAGUAGAAGAUACAGCGAGAUUAGUCGAGCUUUUAUUUUCAGAAUUCGCGUUUUCGGUUUUCUUAAUAGAAUCAUCUCUCGGAUUGUCGAUUGUAAGAGCUGAGGAUUUAGCAAUGCACGAAUCAGUGAAAUUAGCAUUAUCAGAACAAGUCGAGUCAGCGGUACGACAAUUACCUAAAGAAUUUGCUUGUCCUAGAGCAAGCGGAGGUAAGGGUGUCGUGGAUAUAGCAGAGGAUACAGCGGACUUGUCUGAAUGUUUGCUUUUAUAAGACUUAGAAGAUUUAGUAGAUAUAGUAGGCUUUGCUUGUGCUCUCUUUCGAUUCUCAGCGAUUAUAUCGACUUCUUGUAACGUUACUGUUGGUAUCAAUAACUCCAUCUCGAUCUCUGUUGUAUUGAUGACUCUAAUAUAAGCUUUAUCGUUGAUGCAGGUGACCAGAGAAUCUCCUAAGAAUACUCCAUCUGUCACGUGCAUCCGUGGUAAAUAUCCGGUCUUCACUUCCGGGUUGGAUAUAUUUAUUGUGAAUCCGACGUUGGAUCUUGCGGGUACUACGAUGCUCUCGGCGGUCUUGAAAGGAAUUCUGUAUCCUUCCCAGGAUUUCUCUCGUGUCUAUAGGAACUUCGUGACUCAGAGAACCGAUUUUUAUGAUAUUCGGCUGUGCUCCCGUAUCAAGCAUAAUGGCUGUGGGUCCACGGAAAGAAGAGGAAUUCAGUUCUACUGUGGGCACGUUUCCUCUACUGAGAUCGACGACGGCGAUUCCUGCACUUCUGUGAUUAUUGGAUACAUCUGGCGCGCUUCUGCUUGCCCUCGACUGGCGCCCGAGGUCGAUGGGCCUUGUAGGCGCAGAUCUUCAUCUGCAUGGGAGAGUUAGUAGCUGCAGCUGCCGCAGGUUGACGAGCAGGUGGGCGAUCUGGCUGCAUAAUUGUGACUAGAGGAGGACCUCUCUCAGCGGUUCCCUGCGGGUUGACACGAGGGGCGUUGCUUCUGACCCCUUCGCGUUGGCGGAUGCGAUCUCGUUCGAGUCGUUUGUUAAUAAGGAUGGCUUUAUUAUAUGCCUCGGUGAGGUUUUGAUAGCCCUCUACGCGAAUUUCCGCGCGGUACUCGGGAGGUAGACCUUCGAAGAAGGAUUCUAAUGUAUACGAGUCGAUCUGUUCAAUCUCUGUUCGCGAUAGUGACCGAUUAAAUUGUACUUGGUCUCCUUCAAUAAUAGCAUUACGUAAAUCUUUUACUCGGCCUAUAUAAUCCAAAAUGUGUUCUGUGGGUUUUUUGAAUGCAAUGCUUAGUUGACCGCGAUAGUAAUUAGAUGAGCGAGCAGGUCCGAAAGUGCGUUUUAAAGAGUCUGUCAACUCGUCGACUGUGUUGUGGAUCUCGUCCUCAACGGCUAAAUAAGCAUGUCCAAUCAGUUUGUUUCGUAACAGUCGGACUAAGUGAUUUUCGUUCGUCAGGGGGA